AUGUUAGUAUCAAUACUACCGCUUUUGGUCUUCCCAUUCGCCGCCUCCUCAGAGGCAAGUCCCGUCCUGGGCAUACAUCCAGGCCAUGGUGGCGCGCCGGCGCCUGCUAUGCCACCCCCUCUUGAGCCUCCUUCGUACUACUCUUCAGCCCUGCCCACGCCGAGCAGCGUACCAAAUCACGACGACUCGCAGCAAAAGCCUCUAGACCAGCAGCCCGUUGCUCCUUUGCCAUCUCCCCCUGGCAAUCUAGCCAUCUACUACAGUGCCGACGACUCAUCACUCGCCGAGCUGUGCGCCGAUGAGUCCAUCGACACCGUCAUCCUCGGCUACGUCCACGGCUUCGAAGCCACCAAUGGGUUUCCCAUCGUCGACUUCGGCGCCGCCUGCACCGCCAAGCACGCCGACGACGACCGGCAUGCCUCGGGGCUGGCCUCGUGCCCAGAGCUCGGCCAGCAGGUGCAGACAUGCCAGACGCGCGGCAAGAAGGUCUUCCUCAGCAUCGGCGGUGGUCCUCGCAGUAAUAGCACCCUGUCUUUCGUUGACCCGGCGGAUGCUCGUCGUGCUGCUGUCAUGCUGUGGAGCCUCUUUGGGCAGGGCAACCCGCACGGUCCGGACAUGCGGCCACUGGGUGAAGCCGCUGUGGACGGCUUCGAUUUCGCAUGGACGUCAGCCGCAGCAUCGUCAUCUUCCGUUCAAGCCUUCGCCGACACUGUGCGCACGCUUUCCGAUAUGCCCGCGGAUGGAAACGACGAAGAACUGCUCCGUGACGUCAUUGAUAUCGCUUUCGCAACCGCCGACGCCGGUGAUGAUAGCGUAUGCAACGUCAGUAGCAUGAAGCAAUCGCGAUUCUGCACGGAAGGGGGUCUGGAGAGUAGAACGGUAGGCUGUGCGAGCCCGUACCGGACGAGGCUGGCAGAGAGAGGAGCAUGA